AUGGCAGCGGUGGCAGCUUCCACUUCCACGGCGGCGACCGCCGUCUUGACGCACCGUCUCCGCACCACCAAAUCCAACCAAUUCUCUGCCUUGCCUUAUCUUCCAACCCGUUUCUCUGCACCGGUCUUUUCCACUUCAUUCAAGCACCUUUCAGAGUUGAGGAGGUCUUCUCUGCUUCAAAUCAAAGCCUCUUCAUCAGACGAGACAUCUACCCCCGUUGAUGCUAAUGAAUUAUUUACAGACCUAAAAGAAAAGUGGGAUGCUGUACAAAACAAGUCGACCGUACUUCUCUAUGGAGGUGGUGCAAUUGUUGCGGUUUGGCUUGCUUCCACCGUAGUUGGUGCAAUAAACUCAGUCCCUUUGCUUCCAAAGAUUAUGGAACUCAUCGGGCUUGGAUACACCGGGUGGUUUGUGUACCGUUACCUUCUUUUCAAGUCUAGUAGAAAAGAACUGGCAACAGACAUUGAAGCAAUAAAGAAGAAGAUUGCUGGAACUGCUGAAUAA